GAGAGUUACCGCCCACUCGCCUCGGCUCCUCCGGCUCCAGGCGGCUCUUCGGUCCCUUCCUGUGAAUGGUUCUGGCUGUGUCUUCAUGUAGGACCUACUCCCUAUUCUGCCGGCCGCGGUGAAUUCCACCUGCGGCUGGGCUUCAUCAUCAGGCCUUCUCAGCAGCUCCUGCCCCUUCUUCUGUGCCCCGGACUCCGGAUAUCUCAACUCUCAGUUCAUUGUGCUCAGCCCAGGCCCAGAGCCAUGGCUAUCUCCAUUUCCUCCUGGGAACAGCCCCUGGUGGCUGUGUGCCAGGUAACAUCGACACCAGACAAGCAACAGAACUUUAAAACAUGUGCUGAGCUGGUUCGAGAGGCUGCCAGACUGGGUGCUUGCCUGGCUUUCCUCCCUGAGGCAUUUGACUUCAUUGCUCGGGACCCUGCAGAGACGCUACGCCUGUCUGAGCCACUGGGUGGGAACCUUUUGGGAGAAUAUACCCAGCUUGCCAGGGAAUGUGGACUCUGGCUGUCCUUGGGUGGUUUCCAUGAGCGUGGCCAAGACUGGGAGCAGACUCAGAAAAUCUACAAUUGUCAUGUGCUUCUGAACAGCAAGGGAUCAAUAGUGGCCACUUACAGGAAGACACAUCUGUGUGAUGUAGAGAUUCCAGGACAGGGGCCUAUGCGUGAAAGCAACUCUACCAUGCCUGGGCCCGGUCUUGAGUCACCUGUCAGCACACCAGCAGGCAAGAUUGGUCUAGCUAUCUGCUAUGACAUACGGUUCCCUGAACUCUCUCUGGCAUUAGCUCAAGCUGGAGCAGAAAUACUUACCUACCCUUCAGCUUUUGGAUCUGUUACAGGCCCGGCCCACUGGGAGGUAUUGCUGCGGGCCCGUGCCAUUGAAACCCAGUGCUACGUAGUGGCAGCAGCACAGUGUGGACGCCAUCAUGAGAAGAGAGCAAGUUAUGGCCACAGCAUGGUGGUGGACCCCUGGGGAACAGUGGUGGCCCGCUGCUCGGAGGGGCCAGGCCUCUGCCUUGCUCGAAUCGAUCUCAACUAUCUUCGACAGUUGCGCCAACAUCUGCCCGUGUUCCAGCACCGUAGGCCUGAUCUCUAUGGUAAUCUGGGUCACCCACUAUCUUAAGACUUUUGCCUUCUGUGAGUUGAGACCCCCAUAGUGAGCUGGUGCUGCUGUGACUUGUAGGCAGGACCCAAGCGCAGCUCCCCUCACUCGGAGAACCUUGACUCUCUUGAUGGAACACAGGCUCAGCUUCUUGGCAAAGAAAAAACUUUCACCUGAGCUCAGAUUUCAGUUUCAGAAAGGUGGAAUUUUAUAUAGUCACUGUUUAUUUCAUGAAAACUGAAGUUAUGCUGAGGGCUGAGCAGCACUGGCAUGGAAAAAAUAUAAUAACCACAAAGUCUG